AUUGGCCCGAGCGUCAAAUUCGAACCACUCGCCGAGAUGCUCCCGCGCGCGUGGCGGCGCCUGCGCCUCACGUCCGUGCCCAAGCUCUUUGCCGACUCGCGGAGCUGCGCCGCCCCGAUACAGAGUCCUUUACCGGGUUUGAGCUCGUCUUCCUCGGCACGGGCGCCGGCGCGCCGUCCAUCGAGCGCAAUGCGAGCGGCCUCGUGCUCCAGCUCCAUGGCGCCGCGUGGCUCUUUGACUGCGGCGAGGGCUCGCAGAAGCAAAUGUUCCAGAGCAACGUGCGCGCAACGACGACGGAGCGCAUCUUCUUGACGCACUUGCACGGCGACCACGUGUACGGCCUCCCGGGCCUCGUGUGCACGCUCAACUCGCUCUGCGGCCCCACCAUUGACCGCGAGACGAAGCGUCCGACGCCCAAACUGAUUUCGAUCUACGGCCCCCGUGGCGUCUUUGCGUUCCUCAACACGGCGCUCAACGUGAGCCGCGCCAAUAUGACCAACAUCCGCAUCGCCGUGCACGAGCUCGUGCCACUAUGCGACGCGCGAAGCAGCCGCAAGCGCGAGCGCGGACCGAUGCACGAGUGCCUGCAGCACCACUUGAUCCACCCGGACACGAGCGGCGACACGCCUGUCUGGCACAUCCUCGACGACGCCACCUAUCGCGUCCGCGCUGGCUUCCUCCAGCACACCGUGCCUUGCUUCGGCUAUGUCGUCGAAGAGCAGACGCGGCCAGGACACAUCAACGCCGCCCUCGCCAAAGCCCGCGGUCUCCCGCCCGGCCCGCUGUACAAGGAGCUAAAGGAAGGCCGGGCCGUGCCACUGCCCGACGGCUCGCUCUUGGAACCGAAAGACGUCAUGACACCCCCGAUUCGCGGCCGCAAAGUGGCCAUUCUGGGCGACUCGAGCGACUCGCUGGCCAUGACGGAGCUCGCCCGCAACGCCGACGUCUUGGUGCACGAGUCGACGCUGCCGCACAGCAUGCUCGCACAGGCCGUGCCCCGAGGACACUCGACAAGCUCGAUGGCGGGUGCGUUCGCCCGGCUGAGCAACGCGACCCUGCUCGUGCUGACGCACUUCAGCAGCCGGUUUAGCUACUCGCGGGCGAGCGCGCGCUCGGUGCAGUCGCUCGUCGACGAAGCUCGCGCCGCGUCCGGACGCAUGGCGGUCGUCGACGCCAGUGAUUUCUUGCGCGUGCGCGUGCCACGUCACGACCCGCGCACGAAAUAGGACGAUUAAAAACGAC